AUGGAGAGAGUUGAAGAUGGAGGGCUGGGAAUGUUUGUCCUAAAGGAGAAGUUAAAGCAAAUAAAAGAAAGGUUAAAGGAGUGGCAUAAAAAUCAUUCUCAAAACUUAGGAGAAAAAAUUAAGGCCGCAAAAUCUGAAUUAAAUAGGCUUGAAGUUAAAGAAGAAUCAAUGGGCCUUGCAGAUGAGGAAAUCAACUCCAAGAGGGAGACAUCAGCAAGUUUGUACAAUUUAUCAAAACUGGAGUGCAGUAUUCAGUGGCAAAAAUCCAGAAGCAAAUGGGUAAAGGAAGGGGAUGCGAACACCAAAUACUUUCAUGGGUGCGUAAAAAAGAGAAGAAGAGAAAACGAAAUUCUCGCUUUGGAGGUUAAUGGUAACAUGCUGAAAGGAGCAGGGGAAAUAAAGAAUGCAAUAGUUGAACACUUCAAAAACCAUUUUUCUGUUAGAGGAGUCAGACCAAUCCUUGAAAACAUGCACUUCAAGCGAAUCAACGAAACAGCGGUUAAUGAGCUAAUACAAGCAUUCUCAGAAGAUAAAAUUCGUAAAGCAGUGUGGGAAUGUGACAGUACAAAAAGUCCAGGUCCCGAUGGUGUGAAUUUCGGUUUUGUAAAAUAA